AUGGCUUUCCCAUUCAUGCGAGCUUUUAUUGCUCUUUUCAUUUACCGUUACUUUCGUCUGGUUGUCAAUCUUGUCUCAUUUUGGACCUUCAAACCAAUUCCUCCACCGGAAAAUCCGAAGCUGACAGCGCAAGAUGUGACUGUUAUCCUUCCAACAUUGGAGGGAUGUGGUGACGAACUAGUCGAGACGAUCAGAACGAUCCUCGACAAUCAUCCAUACGAACUUCUACUGGUUACUAUUGAUGCGAAUAGGAAGAAGGCCGAAAAUAUGCUGAGUCAAAUGCCUGCUUCCAAAUCGAGAAUUCGUCUUUUCACUGUGACCCACCCCAACAAACGUCGCCAGAUGACAAGAGCUAUUCCGGAGGUUCGCACAGCCAUCACUGUAUUUGCUGAUGACGAUGUCAGCUGGCCACGUACAGUGCUUCCUUGGAUUCUCGCCCCUUUCGAGAAAGACGAGAGAUACGGCGGAGUUGUCACUUGUCAGCGAUUACGUCGUGCUGUUUCGCCCACUUUCUCGCAACGUAUCUGGGGCUUUUUGGGAGCUCUGUACUUGGAGCGCCGAAACUUUGAUUGCGCAGCCACCACGCAUGUGGAUGGCGGAUUACCCUGCAUGUCAGGUCGGACUGUUGCAUACAAGACUCACAUUCUUCAAGACGAAGGCUUCACAUAUGCCUUCACGAAUGAGGAGUGGUGGUUUGGUAAAUACCAAUUAAAUGCAGAUGAUGACAAUUUCAUCACACGCUGGAUGGUAUCACACGGCUGGGAGACAUUCAUGCAAUACCAUCCCGAAGCUGAAGUUUUGACAACCUUGGAAGACAACCCAAAAUUUUUGAAGCAGUGUGCGCGAUGGUCAAGAAGCAACUGGAGAAGCAACCUCACCAGACAUUACAUCCGGUAUCCGGUGGACGUCUUACUUCUGCCCGUCUCUAUCCUUUUCGGUUAUUUCCACGGAGGAAUCAAGAUGUACGCGGUGCUAACUCUGAAUGUGACCACGUGGGGCAGCAGAGAUGGUGCCGAUGAUUAUGAUGCAGAACGCAUGAAGAGACGCACGGAUAUUGACCGUAUGAAGCGGCCGUACUACCCCAACUUCAUAACUCAAUGA